CUCUAUCCUGGAGAUGUGUCGCCCCUGUACUGGUGGUUGUGUGAGGCCUUUGCCGCCUUGCUGGCACCACAAACAGUGGAUCUCAUAUAAUUUCCUAAAGACUUGACACCACAUUGUUCAGAAAUUCAAUCAGAUCAUUUGCAUUGUUUUCUGACACUCGACCCCCCAAAAUCUAGCACAUCCGCAUUUCUAGCGGAAACCACGGCGGAAGUUCUAGUGUAUUAUCCUCGCAACAUCUUGUUCCUUUAUUGCUAAUUUUCUUCAUAAUGUUAUUCAGCAACAGGUCAAUAACUUACAAUAAGAGACGCCAAGAAAUUUGUGUGGUAAUAAUUAAUAUAAAAAGGGUUGACUUUGGGGAUUUCCCCUUGAAAUUUUCCCUGGCUAAAAGCAAAAGGUAGAGCACUUGGAAACGUUUCAUUUCCGAAUUAAACGUUUGGUUUCACUUGCUGCUUUUGCCAGGGUAGUUGCUGAAAUACAGGACGUUUGGUCUGAAUCACCGACAAUCAACGACGAACAGUCACUGUAGCAGCAUCCACUGAUCUCACCAUCAAGAGAUGAAUACGUUCACUGUGACAAGCGAAAUGGCCACGACAAUGGUACCAAAAAACAUGACAGUCGUUAGCACCAUGUCAUAUUUUCUGUCAUCUGAUUUCACGACAUCUGAUACACUUGACGCAACUAGUGUCAGUGUCGAUUCGAACAUGACAACUACAGCAAUGAUGGAGACCACGACUCAAGGUGACGGUCGCAACUUUCGCUUUGAAGACCCCGUACAGCGGAUCAUCAUCGGCUGCGUCUACUGCCUCGUGGCAGUCGUUGGCUUCGCUGGGAACUCCAUGGUCAUCCUGGCUGUCAUUCUGUCAAGGAAACUCCAAACCCGCACCAAUGCUUUUGUCGUCAACUUGGCCUUGGCUGACUUGGUGACAUGCAGCACUGCUCCGUUCAUAGCGUUGUCGUUGUUUAGUAUGAAUGGCUGGCCCUUACCGCUGAUCGUGUGCUCAGUGAUGGCUGGUCUGUUCUACACCAGCCUGGCAUGCAGCAUCAUAAACCUUGCUCUGAUAGCUAUCAAUCGGUUCGUCCUCAUCACAAAAUCUUCUAAGACUUACAGAUCUGUCUACACUCCGAAGAAGAUUGCGGCCAUGCUGGUCUUCACGUGGGGGUACCCAGCUCUGGUGAGUUGUUUCCCCCUGUUUGGUAUCGGCAAGUGGGGCUACUCCGAGAAGUACAAGACUUGCACCCAAGACACUUCCCAUAAGAAUACCGGCCUCUUCAGCUUGCUCGGCUCUGUCCUCGUGUAUCCCAUCCCGUUGAUCAUCCUCUUCGUGUGCUACUUCAAGAUCUAUCGCCACAUCACCGGCCAUAUGAGGAAGAUGUCGGGUAAAGGUGUGGAGCUAGCCGAGACAUCAAACUCCGCUACCGCCAGCACCAAACGACUCUCCAGGAACCGACCGGCCAGCUUCAGUAAGCGACAGGUGGAAAUCACCAAGAACCUGUUCUACGUGGUCUGUGCCUUCGUUGCUUGCCUGGCUCCCUUUGCCAUCACCAUCAUGAUACCACCCAGCGACCCGGUCAUUCCAUGGACCGCGACAAUCAUCAUCUUCAACAGCGCUGUCAACCCGAUCAUCUACGGGGCCAAACACCCACACUUCAAGGAGGUGUUCCGUCACAUGUUGCGGUGCCGGUACCACCUGAUCCCCGAACCUUCUGGAUUCCUCCGUAAGAUCAGAUCUAGAUAAAAUGCUUCCCAUAUGCUCUCCUGUGUUUUUCGUAGCACCAGGAGCGUGAAGACGAGACAAACUCUCAGUCUCAACUGACUCCUCCUCCUGAAAGGCCUACUGAGUAAAGUUUUCUUAAGACUCUAGAGAAAUAUAUUCCGCAGAUUAAAAAAUCCCCUGCGAGUAUAAACUGAAAUAAUUUGAAGUCGUUUUUUUUAAUCAACGAUAUCUUGACAUUAGUCUUUUUCUGUCAGUUUUAUGAAACCAUACAAAACACAUGAUUGGAGUGAUUUUGUUUUGGUAGGUUAAUCGAAAAAUUAUCUUAGGCCCUAUAUAUUAAAUAUGAAUGAUUUAGAAUGUACGUCUAAUGGGGAAAACGAUAGGCUUAUUGACAUUAAAGUGCAGACAACUUUUUUCCGACGAUUUUGAAAAAUACCAUUAUCUUAAAAGUGUAGAAUAACAAGUGACAUCCAUUGAACCAAUUAAUUAACACAAUCAUGUACAGGUAUCAUCUCGACAAUUUCUUAUAUCUGUGUACAAUUACUUCAGUGAAUGCAUUAAUACGAAUGUAAUUUUCAUCUUUGCCUGCA